UAUUACUCAACAAUAUAUUUAGUUCGCUGUGUGAGAGUUUAUCUGCUGCUGCUGAGGAAAUCCUGCCAGCUUAACAAACGAAAUAUGAGGAGGAGGUCAGCCGUGAGCCCAGACUGCUGCAGAACAACCGGAAACCCGAGAUAAAGUCACACAAAGCAGACAUCCCACAGCAACAUGAAGUCUAAGGACAAAGAAGUUUGUGAUGAUCAGCAGGUCUGUAACCAGGAGAGGAGCUCCAGUGUGGACCAGGAGAAUCCUGAUCUUCCACCGAUUAAAGAGGAACAGGAGGAACUCUGCAUCGCUCAGGCAGGAGAGCAGCUUGUAGUGAAACAGGAGGCCGAUGGCAUCAUUUUCUGGACCGGGGAAGAGCGCCUCAGGCUGCUGGAUGUCAUCUGGAGUCCUGAAAGAAAUUUAUUACACAGAUCAGACCUCCCACAACAACACGACUGUAAGGAAGAAGAGGGUCUGCAUGACCAUCAGGUGUGUAACCAGGAGAGGUAUUCCAGCCUGGGCCAGGAGCACCCAGAGCCGCAACACAUUAAAGAGGAACCGGAGGAAUUGUGCAUCAGUCAGGAGGGAGAGCAGUUUGCACUGAAGCAGGAGAGUGAUACCUUUAUGGUGACUCAGACUUAUGAGCAGUGUAGGCCAGAACCAAAGCGUGAGCAGUUUCUCUCUCAUAACUUACCUGAACCACAGAGGCGAGAUGUGGAAGAAGGCAGGCAUGUGGAUUUGGGAUCAACUAGAAGAGCAGAGCCGAUAAAGAGGAAACCUCGCGGUGAGGGAGCAGAUGAGUCUCCCGGCUCAGAGGGCCAGUAUACAACAAACACAUUCAAAAAGUGUUUAAAAUGUGAAACUUGUGGAAAAGUCUUUCAUUUUAAAUCUGGACUAAAUGAACACCAGAGAGUUCACACAGGUGAGAAGCCUUAUUGUUGUAGUGUCUGUGGAAACAAAUUUAGUUUCUCAUCUGCAUUCAAAGUUCACAUGAGAAUUCACACUGGUGAGAAACCGUAUUCUUGCAGUACUUGUGGGAAAUGUUUUAGAGAUUUAAAAUCAUUCAAAACUCACACUAGAAUUCACACAGGUGAAAAGCCAUAUUCUUGUAGCAUCUGUGGAAAAACAUUCAGGGACUUAUCAGGAUUCCGAAAACACACACGAAUUCACACAGGUGAGAAGCCAUAUGUUUGCACCAUAUGUGAGAGAAGCUUCAGUCAAAUGAUACACUUGAAAACUCACAUGAAAAUUCACACAGGUGAGAAGCCAUUAUCGUCUGGCCCCCGUGGCAAAAGAUAUAGAUACUCAUUUGGAUUGAAAGCACAGAUGAGAAUUCACACGGGCGAGAAGUCACAUUUUUGUAGCACAUGUGGGAAAACAUUCAAGCAGAAAACGCAGUUAAAAAGACACAUGAGAAAUCAUACUGGUUGAAAAUGUCAUCCUUUAGAUUUUUAGCACUGUGUUCAUAGCACAGCCUGAGACGCCAAAUCAGUGCAACACCUGUGAGGAAAAAAUGAUCUCAUAUAUUCUAAUACUGGCUUACUCUUUUAGGAAUUGUAGGGAAAGCCUUUUGUUUGUUUGUUUUUAAAUCUAGAAAUGAUAUUUUUAGCCUGUAGAGAUAAUACACAAAAAUUAAUUGUAGAAUUAUGUCCUUAAAGUUGAUUCACUAAAUAGCUUUGUUGUUUUAAAAAGGAAAAAAAGCUUAAACAAAUGUUCAUUUUUGUUUAGUUUUGUUUUUCAUAGUAAAGAUUUGAUUCUUUGAGGGUUUUUUCCAGUUUUUCUUCUGUAUUGUAUCAUUUUUAUUUAUUUAUUUUUUUAAAUGGCUAACCUGUAUUUCAUUACAAAUGGCUUGACGGCAGGAGGUGUGUAUAAUGUCUCUGGGCUGGUAAAUAAAUAUGUACGCUUAUGGAA